AUGUUCGCUAAACUCGCUGCUGCUCUUACCGUCGCCAUCUCCGUCCUCUCGGCCUCUGCCGUUCCUGUCACUAACACUGGCUUGGUCGUUCGUGGUGGAGUCCACUCUUUUGACAACUACGGUGGAAUUAGCUCCUUCAAUGGAUUUGACAACUUCUACGGCUCCGAUAACUUCGAUAACAGCCACUUCAGCGAAAGCUCCAUCUCUGUUAUUAAGGAGAAGGAGGUUGUCUGCCACUCCGAAAGCGUCGAAAUUAUUCAACAGCGUCUACUUGUUCUCCAGGAGAUGGCCAAGCGCAUCAUCUCCGAGCAGAUCUGUGAAGUUGAGACUCAGACCGUCGUCUUCGAACAAUUCCAUGCCAGUUUACAUGGAUUCAGCCGCGACCUCAGGCGCUUCUCUGGCCGCGACGUUGGAUAUGACUCUGACAUCGUCUCGCACUUCAGCAACUUCUACGGAAGCGAUGGUUCGUUGAGCACCGACGACUGGGGCUUCUCUGGAAGCGACCUCGGCCACUCCUACGUUGUCCCCAGUGGCAACAACUGGGACAACAGCCGCUCAUUCGGCUCAGUCGGAAACGCUUACAAGGCUGCCCGCUCUGCUGUCACCACCUUCUAA